CCCAGCCCUUCAGUGUGUGCCAGCUGUUGGUCUGUGAAAGGGAGGCCCAGACGCCGUUCCGCUGCUGCUCUGCCUCUCCUGCACCGCUCCUACUCCUUUCCCUCCCGCCGUCGCUCUUGCGGGGCGCGCGUCCGCCGGAACUCCGUCGGCAGGUUCCUCAAAAACCAAAGCGGGUCCUCGAAGAAUCAAGCAGUGCUUUCACACACUCAUCCUUUUCCCCUUCCGAUAUCCUCGCCCGGCCUUUCUCGCUAGAAAAAAAACCUAAAAAAAAUAAGUGUGAUAGGCCUACGAGCAAGUCCCCCAGCCACACUAAAGACAUCAGCCAUGCAGCCGGAAACAUACACAAACGACGGGCUGAGCAUGCCUUUGAAGAACCGGAAGGGGAAAGUGGAGAAGCCUCGCCCUCUCAAGAUCUGUACUUUGGGAGACCAGUCGAUGGAAAAUGUCCUCUCAGACAUGGACUUGGUCGCCCAGUACCUCAACUCAGGCACGUAUGACCGCAGUGUCUACCCCACCAUUGCAGCCCUGUGUGAAAACCUCAAAAUGUUUGGACCACAGCUCGAAAACGUGUACAAAGACCAGCUUGACAAGUGCUACAUCUCCCUGCGGAAUGGCUGCAGGGAUGACAGGCUCAACCUUGCCGCUAGAUACCGUCUCCUGGAGGUGAUCGAGCUAAGGGCCAUGCACUGGCAGCCCAACGAGAAUCUCAUCAAUUAUUACAAGCAGAAACUGGUGCAGAUUGAGGCUGAGGAAGCUGCCUUGGAAGACCAACAGAGCGACCUCUCCGGCCAGACCACCCCAAGCUCCAUCAUGACCCCCACCAGCACACCACAGAUGAUGAUCCCUGGGCUGCAGCCGUACCAGCAGCCCAUCUACAACCAGCAGCAACAGCAACAACAGGUCCCCGCGCAGCACCCACCCACACCAACCCUUCUGGGGCCGGGGGAGAUCAUCCGGAACUCGGGGAAGUUUGCCAAGCCCACCAGGAUCCCCGGCAAGAACUACUGCAAGGAUGAGGUCGUGAUUCGUAACGCUGAUUCGGGGAAAGUUAUGGGGAUAAAAGGAAGAAGGGUGCACAUGAUCGAGGAGCUAUCGGAGACCAUCAUUUCAUUCCAGAGAGUGGCCCCUGGUGCUAGAGAACGUCUGGUACAGAUCACUGGACCUGCCGAGGAAAACAUUAAUCAAGCCAAGCACCUGAUAGAGGAGACAAUUAGACGCAACGCAUCUCCAGUGCGCGGGGACGAACGUGGCUCCAUUUUCAGCAGCAUGGGGGGGUCAUCGUCUUCUAUUUCAUCUCACACCUCGGAUGAAACUCUACAGGUACUGAGGAAACAACUCUCGCUUGAUGAAAUGGCAUUCAGUAAGUGAAACUGUGUGAACAUG